GUGGGUGUUCCCAAGCAGCAGGCGUUUCUCCUGCGAGAGAUCCGGACGGGCCUGGACUCCGAUCGGACCGAGCUUCCCUAAGGAGUCAUCUGCACUCGCCUUUCCUGCCUCUGUAACACUCCCAUAGGUUCUCAUGGACGUGCGAUUAAGAAUGCAGGUGCCUACUAUAUCACCAGACUGAGAGGUGGUGUAAUUGCCUGUCGAUUUCUAACCACCCACUACUGCUCCUUCCACCAUGUCUGCCAAGAUAUAUUAUGAUGCCGAUGCCGACUUAUCCCUUCUGAAAGGGAAGAAAAUCGUGUUUCUAGGUUUCGGAAAUCAAGGUUCUGCUCAAGCUCAGAAUCUUCGAGACAGCGGCAUUCCCAAUGAUGUUAUUCUUAUUGCAAACCAGCAAGACUCGUAUGCAGAAGCGGCGAAAGCCAAAGGAUUCGUUGUCGAACAUGACUUCGAGAAAGCGGCCGAAGUGGCAGACGUCUUAUUCUUACUCAUACCGGAUCAAGUACAACCAAGGGUUUUCAAUGAAAAAUUCGCACCGAAGCUCAAGCCCAACGCGGUCAUUGUAAUCGCCAGUGGAUACAACGUCUUUUAUAAACUUCUCAAUUUUGCCCCUACCCAAGAUCUCGUGAUGGUUGCGCCCAGAAUGAUCGGGUCUUCUGUCCGCUCUCUGUAUGAGAAAGGAAAAGGAUUCCCCUGUUUCGUGUCGGUUGAACAGGAUGGUACUGGGAACGGGCUUCCAAUCGCACUUGCCUUGUCUCGAGCAAUUGGUGCAACCAAAGCCGGUGCUAUUGCUUCAUCCGCGCGUGAAGAAACUGCAAUGGACCUCUUCGCAGAACAAGCUCUGUGGCCAAAUAUCAUUAUGCUUUUCAGGGAAGCAUUCAGCGUGCUAAAAGAGGCGGGCUGUUCAGAUGAGGCGCUCUGUUAUGAGAUGUGGAUGUCAAAGGAACCUGCUGAGAUAUUUGAACGCGCCGCAGAAGAUGGUUUCAUAGCGCAGCUGAAACACCACUCUACUGUAUCCCAAUACGGCCAGCUUAGUGGUGCGUUGGCUCUUGACGGGGUAGCUGCUCGGGCACACUUUAAGGAUAUUUUGUACAAUCAAGUGCUCAACGGCGCUUUUUGCAAGAAGUUUUCUCUGAUUGAAGCUGAUCUGGAGAAAGAUGGGCAGGAGAAUCCUCUGAAUGAACUGUACCGCAGGACGGAGGAGACCGAAUUAGCACAAGCUGAGAAGCGCGUGAAGGCAAGAUUGGGGGGGCUGGUGUAGAGAUUGGAUGUAUGAACUUUAUGCAAUGGAAUAGUACACCAUGACAGUCAUAGGACCAAACAAUUGAACUAAACCUUCCUG